ACAGCAAGCAUCAAGGAGAAAAUCAUUCAAAGAACUUCAGAGACCAGAGUGUUCAAGAGCAAGAAGAAGAUGAAGACUGCUGCAGUUUUUGUUGUCUUUGCCUGCCUAUUUAUUCUACAUGUACAAGGACAGGCCAAGACUAGCGUAAGGAGGUGUUUAUGUCGGGGUCCUGCAGCUAACGUAGUUCGCAUUAAAAAUAUAGAAAAGAUUGAGUUUCAUCCCGCUAGUGCAUCUUGUGAAAAUGUGGAAAUCAUUGUCAUUAUGAAGAAUGGUGCAGGAAAAAGAUGCUUGAAUCCAAACUCUGAAUUUACUCAGAAAUACAUCAUGACAGCAUUAAAGAAAAAGAAUGCAGAGUAAAGCAUGCAGUGUGUCAUUACUGAACAGAAGUGAAGGAAGAAAGGACAGAGGCAGCUCGCUGUGUAUAUAUGAUAUAUCUGAUCGCUGUGUAUAUGAUAUAUAUAAUUGCUGUGUAUAUGAUACAUCUAAUUUAUUAGAUUUAGUUCUGUAAAUAGCUGGAUGGUUAUUGUUUUGGAAAAACUUAAUAUAUUGUUUUUGUAUACAUGCAAACAUACUAAAUUAUAAUAAACUUUAUAAUGCA